AUGGACGGAGAACGGAUCGUUGCUGUGGCAAAGCCUGACAAGGAAAAUGCUUCCGGGAACAUUAUGGAGCCUUCUUUCUUCGAUUUUGCUGAGGAAUUCUAUCAGGACACGACAGGAGAGAAUUGCUGGUUAAUUGAUCUUCAAGAGAGUAAUGAUGGAGACCUUAGCAAUUACUUAGAAGAAUCAAUAUUACUAACACAGCAGCUGCUAAGGCCAUCCUCCGAGAGAUCGAGUAAAAGGCCAAAAGUGCCUAACAUCCCGUCCUCACCAGUAAAGCAGGUGUCGAAUUACUGGAGCGAUGAAAACGGAACGCUCGCAAUUUCGCUGGUUAUCGAGGGUUCAGAUGUGGAACUGACGGGUACAAUCUUUGAAGAAUAA